AGCAACUUCAGUGUGGUGGUCCGAUAGUGAUUGCGCGUAGUGUUAUUGUUUUGUGGGAAAAAUAGUGAAACUUAACUAAAUUCUACACGAUUUCUGUAAAAAUUCAUCAUAGUUUUAAUCUCUGUUCUUCUAUAUUUCUUUUUUUUAUGGAAUAUGUCAUUCUUCAGCGUGCAGGUGUAAACGAGACUGCAAGUGCUGCUGUCUCGAUACCAGCAUAUCAUAGUAGUACUUCUCAGUAAAAGAUUCCGUAUAGAGGAUAAGCACGAAGUAAGCCUCAAAGCAUCACCCUACAGAGACAAAACGAGGUGCUAUCGAUUGAUAUGAGCCUGAGGCUCCAUCAAACUGGCUGUGACUACGAGUACCCACUGUGAAAUUCUUUGUAGUGGUACUUUACGUGUUGGCCACAGCGAGGAGAAGGCGCCACGUGUGGGCCCGCGUUACACCGGGGGCCGGCGCUUUGCGCCGCCCCACAACUACCUAUAUUUCCGCCAGAUGGUUUAUUGACAUCGGCUCAAUCUAAGCACGAUGUAGAUUUGAACCCGCACAUCAUAGCACCGGACCCGUUCGCAUCAGACGAUUGUUUAAAUGAAUUUUCACCGGUUCAUCUGUUCCUACUGACACCGCCUGAGGAACUAAACACGAUGAAUACGGGUGAUGAUGAACCAUCGUCUGGUUUAAAUGGAAGACUGAGACCAAGAAAGUCUACUGUCCCUAGCCCACAAACUACUAAGGCCAUACGUAAAACUGAAGGCAAGAUCGCUCAGGAAAAACCUAAGCGUACUUGUACCCCGUCCAAAGUGACAAUUAAACCAGAUGAUCUCUCUAUAAAGGCUGAUUCUUCACCCAUCCUACAUCUACUUUGCCCCUAUUGCGAUAGAAAAUUCGCUUCUAAGCAAACCUUAUCUAAACAUGCACGACGUACGCAUAUCUCAACUUCUAAACAGGAAUCAAACCUCGAGUGCCUGUACUGUAGUUAUGCGGAGACAGGCUCAAACCAUAUUCUUCGGCACAUGGUUGAGAGUCAUCCCAAUCAGUACUUUGCCUGUUUACAGUGUCAUACUCGUUUCCCGUCAGCUACAGAGCUUGAUGAACAUAAGCUCAAUAUUUGUGAGAAGCAAAAGAUACCCUACCGUAACAAGCUUCGACAGAAAGCGUCGGAGGGAACUACUAAGAAAAGUCAGAAAUCUAUCAAAAUUGAUAGUAAAGAUUUCCGGAAUGACGCAAAAACAUUCACAGAUGCUCAUGGAUUUAAUGGCGUCGUUAUUUCCUGUGAACUCAAACCGUCACAAGUACAUGAUGAGGCCGAUAUCGAGGACAACAUAACAACGAAUUUAAUUUUGCCGCCCAGCAAAAAUCUAGGUAAUAAUACAGUCAUAGAAAAAAAUGCAGUUAUCAUCUUGGACGACAUACAAUGGAAUAAGCGUAUUCCCUCAAAUUUUUCAUUUCACAACACUGAUGCUGAUCAGAUCCUUUCUAGAUUGGGUGUAGUUCACCGAUCACCCAGAACCGGAGAAUCUACCAGAAAAGAAUGGUUCCGGGCUAUUGAUGAUUCAACACAAAAAUUCGAGAAAUGUUUUGAUACAACUUUCUAUUCGAAAGUUGCUAGUAAUGUUCAAGAAAAUCUAACCAAGUUUCUGGAUGGUUCUUUUAAUUUUAAUCCUGAUCCUGACAAUACUAUUAAAACUAGGAAAUCUAAAAAUAGUGUCGUUAUUAACACCGCAGAGGGAUUUCCAAUACUAUUGGCUUACGCGCAAUACUCCCGCAAUGCUUUCGAUGGGUAUAUGCCACGAGCUAUAGCGCCAAAGCACAAAUGGAAAUGGGACAGCUUAGAAUCGGACAGGAACUCUAUAAACCCUGACCAGAUUAAGCGCGAUAGUCACACUAACAACUGCAUAAUCACCUUGGUAUCUAGUUUAGACAUUUGGACACAGCUGCGUAUGAGAGGAAAAUAUGAAGAUAAGUAUAAUUAUUCUCCACUCGGAAAAAAGACUGACAAACAAAACGCUAUCGGCAAAGAAUUGAAAGAGAUACUGGAAAGCAGAGAGAUACCAAUAUCAUCAUUAAAUGUAGUCAAACAUACUGCUAAACCUCUAGAGAAUGUAGAUGGUCUUGAAUUUCCCGCUUCAUUGGGAUUGACUCCCUCAAUGCCGAAGUAUGAUAUGCAGCCUGCAGUUUUAAGUGGUGAAUGGGUCCGACCAAGAUGCUACGUUUGUUGUGCUUGUGGUGUUCCGACUUAUGAUUCGCGUUCGCUUUCAUCACACAUAGCUACCCACCAUCCAAAUGCACAAGUGCAACAUUAUGACGUGGUCGGGGAACUACUUUUAAACGGUGACAUUUUGAAACAUUUAUAUGUACCACCAAGUCAAACAUACAACAGAACUAGACCAUUGAGGGGAUUUAGAGAGUGCACGAAAUGUAAGAAAUCAGUUACUUUAGAAGAUUUACAUCAACAUAUGUUAGAUUGUGCAGGGGACACACCAACAAUCCGUAGAAAGUGUCGCUAUCGACCUUUUGGGGUGCGUAGACGUCGUUCUCGCUUACCAGACAAUAGGAUACGCAAGAAAAUGCGAAAAGAUAUUCGAAACAGACAAACUAGACAGAAGAAUCAUAUGAGGCCUAGACCUAGAAAUAGAACUGAAGUUGGAGAUGCCGAAACUAUACGUAAAAUGUUAGCUGAUUUACCGGCAAAACGUCAUCGUGUAAUGGUGAAUCCAAUGAACUCGAUAUUACGGCCUCGUAAAAAAAUCGAUAAACAAAGAAAUAAAUUAUUAUUAAAGAGAAGAUCGUCAGAGGAUCCAAAAUCCAGAAAACUAAGGCCACUUAAAAAUGCUACUAAUUUGCAAACUGGAUCAACAAGCAGUGAAGAUUAUAAGAAUAUGACAAGUAAAGAUAACGACGAUAAGCCGUUAAAAUCAAGACUGAAUCGUGUUACAACUAAAAAUACACGACAAAAUGACACUAUGAAACGGCGGACUCUUAUAAAUAGAACAAAAAGAAUUCCUCGAUUAGUAGAACAAAGUGCAAUUCUGAACAAACCGGAAGAGUCAAGUACACAAUGCUCUGGUAGCGUGCAGAUUGACCAGUUAUCAAUCGAUAAUACAUCGCAAAGAAUCGAUAUUAACAAUGGACCAUAUAAUACGAGAGAACAUUCAAGUCGUGGUGGUUCCAAUAAUCGCGAGCAACAAAGUUCAGGUUCUAGCAAUGCUAAUGGUAAUUCUGAUAAUUCAUGUCCUCAAUCUCAGAACGCCCCUUUAAAACAUUCAAUUGCUCGUUUAACUGCUGACUCCGAAACACAUGAUAAAUCAGUGCAAUUUCAUCAUUUAUUUUUAGUCCAACAAGAAUGCAAUAAUGUUAACCAACAUGUACCAACGGGAGAUCGUUUAUUUUUUGAAAACGAAGCAGCUGUAACGAGACUCGACAAACCACCUUUACACUUUAGCCAAAGAAAUGUUAUCGAUCCUUAUGGUUUACAAAAAAGUUGUAAACUCAAUAAACCUCGUAAAGGUCUAAACGAUUGUAUAGCGAUGUUGAAAAAUAAAUUGGAAGUACCGACUACCGGUGUACCUCCUUCACAAAUAUCUGUUCAGUGUGGAAGCGAUGAUCCUCUAGAUUCCGAGACUGGUAUUAUCAAAUCCAACUUAGCUGACUCAGAACAUCAUAUUGAAAUAAUGAAAACAAAACCGGCGGAGAUAUUUUCUAGACAUAAUUUAAAUUUAGAAAAAACAUAUGAAUAUGACAAUCAAAUAAAAUAUCAUUGCCAAAAGUCAUCUACUACACUUUGUAAUAAUAGUUCAAAUAAUUCAGUGCUAGAUGUAAAUACAUCUGAUCAUGUAAUGAACCAAAAAACAGAUAAAUCUAAGUCAAAGUCAAGUGAAAUAAUGCCUAAAUGCGAAACAAUACGAACAAGAUCUGUUAGUCAUCCUUCUAAUGAAAUUUCUUUACGAAAAGAGUGUGAAUUAGUUACGCCAAUGGUUUGUACCCAAAAGAGGAAUGAAGUUACAACUGCUAUUUCACACAAUGUUGAUCAAAGUCAUGGUUCUAGUCACCAAGUUAUUCUUAAUAUUGAUACUGACAUGUGUAAACAACAAUUAAAUGACAGUCAAAAGAGUAAGGUAUCACCAAGAAAAAUGUUAGAAAUUCAUACAGCUCCUGUUAUCAAUAAAAUUAAGGAGUCUUUAUUAUCUCCGCAAACUACUGUUAACGAUGUGCCAGUUCAGCAAAAUCAAGUUGAAAUAUAUGGGCAAGGACAGCCAAUGCCUCAGUCCCAAUCUGAAUUGCUUCCAUUGAAUUCUUGCUCUCUGGUGCAACAACAGGGUGCAUCUCCACUAGAUACUCUGUCUAACCCUCAGCGACAGAUUCAAAACAUACAGUUAUCUCAAUGUCAAGAACAAGCACCAAAGCAGUCAGAGAUCGAGCAAAAGACUAGUAGUAAUUGUCAUAAUUCCAACUCAAGUCAACAUUCACCAAUUGACGAAAAUACUUCAACUAACACAAUAUCAGUGGAAGUUUAUUCUAAAGCUGAGUAUCGACAAAUUUCGUCUGAAAUUCCACCAGCUCAUUCUAGUACUAACAUAGAAUCUCUUGUGGCAGUACCUUUGGAUUUAUCUGGUAAAGUGUCGAAUAUAGAAAGCUCGGACAAUUUGUCUAAACAAGAUAGCUCUUUUGUCAGUAACUAUGAUGUUUACGAAACACUUGAUUUAUCCAGUAAGAAUACUGAUUCGUCAAGAACAGAAAUGACUGUUAUACCGGAUGUCGUGGUUGAUCUGCGCAUUAAAACGACACCACAAUUCUCUCAUCCAACUACAUUGGAUUUAGGAUCAAAAAACGUUACUGAAAAUGUGACUGAUUUAUCUAUAAGGGAUCGAGAAAUGUACUGUGUGCCCACAGAUUUAUCAAUAAGAGGAAAAUCCAAGUGUACUAAUCUACAUGAAUUAAGAACAAAUGAACAAAGAUAUGUACAAGAUUUAUUUGGUAACAAAGCUAUUUCUGUACAAGAUUCACCACUUGUGGAGGAUAUUAUUGUCGAAACACCUACUGAUUUAUCAGGGAAAUCAACUAAAGAUAAAAUCCCUCUGAAAGAGAAAGAAAUUAAUUACAAAGUCAAUACAAAUAAAAAUGCAAACGAUAAUCCCAUUGCCAAUUUGCCUAAUUUAUCACAAAACAACGAUAAAGAAAAACAAAAUGAUACCCUUCUAAAGUCACCAAUAACUAUAAAAGAAAAUAAGAAAAAUUGUGAUAAGAAUGUCAACAAAUCAGUGGCACGAACACUGGAUAAAAUUAGUCUGCAGAGACCGGUAUAUGACCCAACACUGAAGAUACCUCAGUAUAAAAUAAGAACAACUGCUUCGACUACGUCUACUUAUACAGAGCCAAUAGAUAUUACAAAUUCUUUUCAAUCCUCGAAACUUACUGAAGAUCCAUUAGUAAACAUAACAAUUGCUCAGUCAGUGCCCGAGACUAAAUCUCAAGAUGCUGUGUUUACUGAUACUUUGGCUUCGGUAUCAAUUUCGCAAGAAAGAUUUUCACAUGAAUUAGGAGAAACUCCUUUAAAAGUUUGUGUAUCUACAAUAAGUACGACAAUACCAAUAUAUACCUUGUCAAAUCCUAUAUCGACCACACCAGUUAGUAAAUAUGAAAGUACUACACCUGUAUACACGUUAGCAAAUGCUUGUAUUUCUGUAACCAAAAUUGAGAGACCGUCGUUAAUACCUUUAACUAGUUCACUAUUAAGUAUACCUGGAACUACAAUUGCAAAUACCACAUCCGUUUAUACAUUAGCUGGCACAACAAUUGGACUCCCUAUAAACUAUGGUGCUACUCCUAAUCUUAGUUCACAGAUCGCACCCUCAACUACAAAUAAUUUAUCUCUUCCCAGUUUUCUUGGUGAUGAUACAAUUUUGGAAAUGGAUAACCAGAAAACUGUACAUAAUAUUUCUCCAGAUACUACUGUUACAAUAGAUAAAGACUUCCAUAAAUCGAAUAAAAUUGGGAGUGUUUCAAUUGAUCAUGAUCCAGAAACAGCAAAAAAGAUAGCAAUGUUACCUAAAGAGUUGGUUGAAAUAUUGGGAACAAUGCCAGCAGGACACAGAAAUCAGCUUUUAAAUGUAUUGCCUCAAUAUGUAUCUAACACAGUAACUACUUCAAUUUUGUCUAGUGAAUCAACACAAAUUACAACAACGUCAACUACUAUGUCGAAGAGAUCAUCGUCUCCUACAGUAACAAGUACUCAAAUUGUUGCUGACGCUUCAUCUUCUGCUAAUGAUUCUUAUAAUAUUUCACAACUAAAUAUAGUUCAACCAUUAUCAUCAAAGAAUUUAUCGAUGAACCAAGUUAAUUCACAGAAGAGUGGAUCAUUUGAUUCUGAUAAGAAACUUUCUAAAAGUUCUGCCAUAGUUCCUAAGUCAUUAUCACCAUUAUCUUCUAAAUCGUCAUUUGAUGACGUUGGCACAACUCAGAUAAAAAUAAAUAGAAAAAUAGAUGAAGACACUAAAACAGAAGUCAUUAACGUGGAAGAUAAAGAUAAAAUUCGACUUGAUCACAUUUCUGGGGAUAGUACAAAUUUGUUAAUGACUGAAAAUGUAAUUGAUUUAACUAACGAUGAUAGCAUAAUGCCUGCAGCAAGUGUCGUUAAAUUAGCAGAUGAAUUUCCUCGUAAUAUUGUAGUUACAUCUCAAGAAUCGCAAGCUUUCAUAUCGGUUACAAACUCGAGUAAACAAAAGGUACCAAACGAGAAAACAUCCAGUUUAAGGGCGGUUCGUAAAAAAGCUCCGUCGGAAAGACUCAAAUCGACUAUAGAUACUUCAAUAAAUAAACCACUUUUGGAUCUGCAAAUAAAGUGUACUACAAGUGAUCAAGAGAAGGAAACAAAUAAAUUUUUAGAUUCAGAUAAAACUAUGAUUAUCCAACAAGUAGAAGUAUCUAGUACUCAGUUAAGUACAAAUAAAUGCGAUAAAUUUUCUGUUUCAAUUCUAUCUGAUAAGUCUAAAUUAAGCCAUGAAAACUUGAAAAUUAAAUCUCUUUGUUCUCCAGAAAAAUUUGCAAAACAGGAAUCAGUUACGAUAACGUCAAAUUGUUCUUCAGAUCCAAUAUCUAUUGAGUCGAUUGAAAAAAAUCAUCCAAACACGGAUGCCUGUAAAAGUAUUGCAGUCGAUUUUGCUAUAGAAAAUGAAAGUGUAAAUGAAACGCCACUACAGAAACUAAAUAAAUCUGAAGUAUCUGAACAGAUUGAUAUAGUCAUAAAUAGUAAUACAGAUGAUAAGCGUUUUCUAGAAGAUACAAAGGGUCAAAGUGUAACGGUCACAGGGAGGGACAAAACACAAAACAUGGUGCCUAAUUCAAAAAUAAAGACAUAUGAGGAAGAUGAUUCAGAUGACGAUAUUUCAUUAGCCAUAAUAGUAAAGCAAAAGCAAGAACAAUUCUCUAAUUCUGUGUCUAAGGAUAGCACAUUGAACGUUGUCGCAGAAAAAGGCUUAAUUGAACGAAAAAAGAAAAAGAAAGAUAGAAAAAUAAAGAAAGUUGACAAAAAGGCUGCAAAUAUUGAUAUUCUUACAGAAAAGUGUGCACCAACUGCAGAAUCUUUAGGUGAUCCUGCAUUAUUGAAGGUCAUUGAUAAUAAUACACAAGGAAACAUAUGUACAGGACAUGAAGACAUUAAAGAAACAAAAGUCGAAGCUGUUAUCAUUGAAGACAAACAUUGUAAGAGGAAAACUAAGAAAGGUCGUCGAAAUAUUUGUGGCUCAGAAAUGGUAGACCAACAAAUAGACAAAGAAAUUACGAAUCCAGCUAAUGUUAAUAAAACCCAUGACAUUGAAUUUGAUAAGAUGGAUUAUACAAAAUGUAAAGAGAACAUCUUGAUGUGCAAAGAUGCUGAUGGUAGUCAAGAGAGUAAGACGUCGAUGCAACCUGAAGAUAAUAAUGAUAAGCAUAUGGAUGUAUUUGAUGAUUUUAAAAUGAGCAAUUCUAUAAAAGUAAACGACAUAAACUUGGAAGAAAAACCAAAUAUGAAAAAUACUGAAAGUAGUACCCUAAAAGAAAAAAAGAAGAAAAAGAAAUCUAUAUCUGUAUCAGUAACCACAAAUGAGGAAUGUUCUGUAAUUGAAAGUAAACAGGAAGGAAAAGAACUAAAAACGAAUAUUUCAAUUGUGUUAGAUAAAGGUGACGAAAUUACUUGCGAGAAUGAAAAUAAAAAAAGUAGUUUAACUUGUGAUCAGCCCAUUGCCGUUGAAUCUUGUGAUACUCUCAAUACAAGUGAUAUAAGUGAUCCCUAUAACGGUUUGAAAACAGCAGAUAAUAUUAUUACCCCAUUACGUCGUAGUAGACGCGGGAAAUCACUUUUUACUGACAGUGAAUUUGCUGAUGUAGAUAGUAUGAAUUUAUUUUUAGAUACAACAUUGGAGCAAAAGACUCCACUUACUAAAAAACAACUAAUAUUUUCUAAACUUUUAUUAGAUGAGGAAAAUACCAGAGCUCCAGCUCAUUCUACACCGAAAAAGAAUGUUGGUAUCAUCUGUAUAGAUGAAACAAACAUUGCUUUAUGCUCUAAUCUAGCUAGCAUAAAUAAUGAAAUCGGAUCACUCUCGAAUAUUAUAGAAAAAAGUAGAUCAAAGCGAAGACAAUCACCGGAAGUAAAAUGUAGAAAUAAAAAAAGGAAAUCUUUAGAAACUUCUCAGUUUAAUGCAGGCGAUAACACUGAUAAAGAUAAUUCACAUAAUCUUCAAGAAUUUUCUGUUAAGUCGGAUGUUUUAUCAAAUAUAAGUGACGAUGUGGCACAGGCGCAUGAGAAAGAAAAUGUUACUUUGGAUACUACUUUAGAUAAAGAUCAGUUGUCGCAGAAACCAUUAAUCGUCAAUGUUGGUCCACAGAUCCCUCCAGCGAGUAAUGACGGUUCUGAUGUAAAUUCUAAUAAUACUGACCGUGCUGAAAUUAAUAGUAAUAAGUAUUCUACAGAAAAAAGAAAAAUAACUGUAAGUCAGGAGAUAAACCAAAGUCCAAAACCGAAAAAACUUAAACCUAGUAUUAAAAAUGUCAUUUCGGAUUCGAAAGAACAGAAUGAUUUCGUUAAAAAUAACACAAAUUUCCAACAUAAAAUACAAGCUAGUGGUAGCUCAGAUGCUCGCACAGCAUGUUACAAUUUACCUGCAGCUUCUAGACGAACUCGUUCCAAAUCAGUUGUUGUUAAGUCUUCGAAGGCACUUAUGUAUGAUCCUUAUGACAUUGACUUAGAUGAUAUGAUUGAAAAAUCUGACCGUAACAGACUUGAUCGAUAUAGCGCUAGAGAAAAACUAGAUGAUCAACCAGUUGUUACUUUUCAGAAAUGUUCUAUAUUUAAAAAAUCUUUAGAAAUGAAUGAAGUGACCGUGAAAAAAGAUACUGAUAAUUUAUUAUGUCAAGAAUCUGGAGAUACUUCUAAACAUAAUGAAAUAGAUGAGAUUACCGCCGAAAAGGGCAACAUAAGUGAUUCAGACGAAUCGUCUAAAAGCGAUGUACCGCUACAAAAAUAUGUAGAAGAAAAAGAAAGAAGGAUAUCUGAAUUGGAAAGUAAUGAAAUUCCUUGUUCGACGACUAAAGAUAUAGAUGAUGAUAAUGAUAUUGAUAUUAAUGAAAUGUCAAACGAUAAAUCUUAUAAUGAUACCAAAAAGAGUCGAAGAACUCUAGCAGUCUGUAACAAUGUAGAAAGUAUGGCUAUUCAAAGUGAUGCAGAUGAGCUUCGUUCGGAACAAUUUAUGGAAAGUUUCGGUUUCUUCUCUCAAAGAAAACCAAGGAAAUCAAAUUUGUUGGCUUCGAAGAAAAUAUCAGAAACAUUCCAUAUUAUUGCUAAUGAAACUGAUGACAUGUUUUUUGGAUUCAAAGAACGGGCAACAAAAAAAUCUCUGCAAAAUGAGAAUAGAAAGUCAGUUGAAGGUGAAACUAACUCAAAAACUCCACAACAUCCAUCCACAAAAGUAAACAAAACUGCCAAACGUGGACGUAAGAAGAAAAGUUGUAUUAAAACAGUACCACGCUAUUGCAAUAUUUGUAAGAAAGAAUUUCGUCGACCUGAUAACUACUUACGACAUCAAAUGACUUUGCUUCACAUCUCAAAACUAUGUGAAAUAGAAAUGAAGAUCAAAACUGCUCCUGUGCAUGAAGAACCGAAUUAUUUAAUAGCAUAUAAACAAUAUCUAGAUCGAUUAAAAAUACUGACUGACAAAUUAGCUAAAAAAAAGAAAAAUAAGACUGCUAAAAAAAUCAAAUUACCUACUGUCGAAGAAAUACUAGCUGAUUUGAAUAAAACUAUUAGGGAACAGCAACUAUCAGAACGGGGACUUAGUAGAGAUGAGGCACUAUUUUUAGAUUGCUGCGAGCUUUUGAAAGAGUCACAUAAAAAUGACCAUAACAAUGCAGAUAAUUCCGGAUUAACAAAUAUUCACCCUCCGCAAACAUCAGGAUUAGACCUUAGUGAAAAACCAUUAAAUGAGGAAAAAUAUGACGCUAAAAGUGAUGGAGAUGUUGAUUCUAUAACAGCUAAGAAUAUUCUUGAAAGCGAAGAGGUGCGAAAUUUAGAAAACGAUUUGAUUUCCGGACUAAAAGAAGCAGCUAAUGCGUCUCUUAAUUCUAAGAUGGACUACAGAAAUGUUAUAACUGAUCAGCAUUUGAGCUCAACUGAACAUCAAUCUGAAAGUUUUUCGACGCCUAAUUUAGGUGAAUCCCGUUUUGACCCGAUAGAAUUUCAAGUUACCGAUAAAGCCGAAGUAACCAAGACGAAGAAGUAUCCAGAAUAUAAAGAAAAAAUGUAUCCUGAUAUUAUAGAAGAUAUUGAUAUGUUUGAAGACAAAUUUGACAAAAUUAAGAGGAAAAGUAGAUCUCAAGCAGCGGCGGCAAAACAAACCCCAAUUGUGACAGAACCAAGUGUCAGCCACAAGGGGCGGAAAAAAUCUGAUAAGAAAAAAAUUAAGAAGAGUUCUAAGAAAAACUCCAAGAGUACGCAAGUGCUUACCAAAGGUGCUUUAAAAGGUUUUGAUGGCAUCAAGGUUUCCAUCCCGAGAUCAGAUAUUAAUAUUGCGACAAUAGUUCCACCUAUAGAAAUUCUGACAAAAAAGAAAAAGAAAACAACCUCCAAAAAAAAGAGAGAUAAAAAAGAUUCAGAAUCAAGUAAUAAAUAUAACUGCGAUCAUCGAUGUAAAACUAGUUCUUUGUCACAGAAAAAAGUCGAUGUUUAUGAAUUUAUGGAUAAUGAAGAUGCCGAAUUAUUCGAAUUUAGACCGUCAACUCUAAUGGAAAGAUUUAAACGAGAUCUCCCGAGUACUUCGAAGUUUAAUCCUGUUGAAGACGAAAUAGAAAAUUCAAGUGAAAGUGGUUCAGAUGGUGAUGACUUUGUAUAUAUGUCUGAUGAUUACGUCUGUAGUGAUGAUGAGACCGAGAAUAGUUUAAUGUCUUGUGAAACGGGAAAUAUUAAAGUAACAAGUGACAAAAAAAACUCAUCACCAUUAAAGAGAAAGGAUGUAGUAGAUAAGAACGCCGUAAUGGGUAAAAUAUUCAAGCACAAUGCAGUGAGGACUGAAAAGAAGAAUGUAAAGAAUAAGGAUACUACUACAAAGCCUAAAGCUAAUUUGGAUCAGCUGUUUGAUAGUUUAUUAGAAGACGAACCAAAUUCUUCUAUGUUGAAAAGUGGUAGUAUGUCUCCACAAAAUACAGAAUCAUCAAAAGAUUUUGAUCAGUCUAAGUUACUUUCUGUUGCUACUUUUGAUGAUGACAAAUCAGCAACUAAAGAUGAAUUUGUUUUACCAAAGAAAUUUAAUACUCCUUCAUCUCAUAAAUAUGACAGUAAAAUGUCAUUAUUGUCAAAAAAGUAUGGUAUAACACCUCCUAAAGAGUUUCGUUAUUCCUCUAAAAAAUAUAGUACGUCUCCUAAGAAAUAUGUUUCUAAAGAACCCAUAGAAGCAUUUGGUCCCUCGACUUCGAAGCGACAUGAAAUUAAUUUAUCAACUAUAGAUUAUGGCCCAAGCACAUCUAAACAGUAUGAUAUGACACUGCUGCCAAAGGAUUAUAAAGCUUCAUCGCCAAAGAAAUACAAUACUACAUCCACAAAGAAAUAUGAAACCACAUCGCCAGUACACGGUGAUUCUCCACGAACUUCUAUUCAUGAUGACUCUAUAUUUGAAAAAUUGGAUUCGAGACACAAAUCUUCAGUGAGGGCAGAGAGUGGCGUCAGCAUGGGUUUCGAGUUUUGUACCGACUCAUUAGAACAGGAAAGUUUGGAUGACGCUGGGGUAGCCCGACAAAGAGCACGGCGCAAAUGUACUGUAGGAAAACAGAAUGUUUUGGCAGAAAGUUGGAGUUCGGAAUCGGAGCCGGAUGGUAGACCUCCGCGACCGAGUAGCGCGGAGUCUGUUUUGGGUAUUGCACGGAAAAGAAAAGGAAAAAAGAAAGAAGGGCAGCAAUCUAGCGGGCGUAAAAGUAAUAACAAGGUUACAUUUAAAAAGCAAGAUAUUGAAAGCAGGGUAACUAGUAGUAAUCGCAACACAUCGAUUAGCGGUGCUGGUAGCAGUGGGACUAGUGGCACCCUAGCGGAGGAGUAUUCGCCUAGAGGAAAUGGAGUAAAAGGCAGCGGGGCAAGUAGUAGUGUUUCGACUGGGGUACAAGUGUCACUGGGGCCGCCCGGGCUGCCGGGCCCGUCCGCAGUGAAAGUGAGGCCGCGCUCCACGGCCUACUACUGGUCGUCGGAGGGCGAUGAGCAGGAGCACCUCCAACAGCACGGGUGGAUUGUCGGCGAUAGCCAUAAGAAGUUAGUUACGAUGUUAGCACAUGCUAAGGGACGUAAACGUAAUAAUGACGACAAGCGUCAUUUUGUCGAUUAAGGUUAGCUUUUAGAUUAUAAUAAUCUUGUAAAUAUGUUGUACAUAAUAAUCUAGUUCUUUAUAAAAUGUCAUUUUUCGUGACAUUUUGACCAGAAACCCUUUUAAACUAAAUUUCCGUUCAGUUAUGUAAAUAAUGUACAUCUUUCAUAGUAUAUUUUAGUUAAAUUAUGCAUGAGCCUACGUACUGUAAGGACUGGAUUUAUUUAAGUGAUUAUUUGUUAAACAGCCCUUGCAGUAUAAUAGCUGAAUUUCAAAAAUAAUUUGGUCAAAAUUCAGAGUCCUCUGUCCCUUACUAAUCUACUUUCUGUAAUUUUAAUGGAUGUUAAAAUAGACGGGGUUUUUUUACUAAGGCUAUGACUUGCACAAUAUCAUAAAUUGUAAUAGAAAAAAAUAUAAAAAUGAUAAAACAACCGCGCGGGCGUGUUUAUACACAAUAAUUACAGGUUCGAGCACUAGUUAGAAAUGGGUAAAAUAUAUUAAUAAAUGUUUAAUGUAAUCUGCGAACUUCUGUUUAUCAUUUUGAUUAUCGUAAUUAUUCUAUGAAACUAGAAUAAGUGUACAAGUUUUAGCCGAUAAUGCCCCCGUCUCUCCUCGUCGACAAUGUUCGGUUAGUCGAUGCCAAUCAACUGUGAGGACAGUUUAAAUGUGUGUUAAAUACAUAAAAUAUAUUAAUGUGUUCCUUGCAUAAUAUAAGCGGAUCUACUUAUAAAAAGAUAUAAAUGUACUUUAUUUCUGAAAUUAUGCAAAUGUUAUUUUGAUCAAUGAGGUCGAAUUUGAGGCUCCAUUUUUCUUAAUCUAUCUCUUAAAUUAAAAUUUCAAAUUGAUAUCAUUUCUUUAUACUAAAGGACCAUUAUGAACUUAUUUUUUAAUACAUUAAGUCAAAAUUAUUAUAAAUUUAGUUUAUACUGGUCUAUAAAAGAGUCAUUUGACGAAACUGUCAAUUUGAAAUAUAAAUUAAGAUAUAGUUUUUAAUAAAAUGGCGUAUCAGAUUCGAGCCCAAUGACUAUCAUUGAGAAUUUAUGUUUGACUUUAUAUGAGGCUGAUAACGCGGUCUGAGUGACUUUUUUUUAUUUUCGAUUGGAUUUGUUAUUAUUUUUAUACAUUAGAUAAUUUUGAAUAGUCAAUUUUAUCAUAAUAUGCAAUCUCAAAGCAUUAGUUAUGUUUUCAUUAUCUAGUCCACUAAAGACUAAAACCCCAUUAUCAGCCUCGGAUAAUUAUGAUUUUCCAAUUAUAUCAAAAAGAAGACUUAUUAUUUCAGAGCGUACACGAGUCAUACUCUGUUGCUUGUGUGCAUUGAUUUUAUAUUGAUUGUGUUUAAGUGGCGUAAUCGAGUUUAAUUCUUGAAUAAAGCUCAAUGUUGAAA